AAUGACUUCAAAACACCUUCGCUAAUGCACAAUAAGACAGAUGAGGGUAGGUUAAGUAUAUGAAGGUGAGCUCAACCCCACCUCUUGUUCGCUCCUUCACCUCCACGCCACCUUCCACGCCACCUCCCACGUCCACCUCCCAAGUCCGCCGAAAUGUCAACACUCGAUUCCAUCCUCGAAAGCAGUACAACCGACUCCAAAAAUAGCAUCCCAUCUAUUGUGUGUCUCGCUGUAGAUAGCCAUGGCACCGAGAUCUACACCAAAGUCUCAGGAAAUUGCAGCCUCUCAGAGUCCGCGCCUCCCGUCACAACGGACUCGAUUUUUAAGCUGGCGAGCUGUACGAAAAUAAUCACAACAAUCUGCGCCCUCCGCCUCGUCGCCCGCGGCACCUUCGCCCUCGACGACCCCAACAUCAUCCAGACGCACCUACCGGAACUUUGGGCCCUUGAAAUCGUUUCGCUAGACGAAAAGCAACAGCUUAAUUACAAACCCCGCAAGAAUGCCAUCACACUCCGCCACCUUCUCACGCACUCCUCGGGUGUGGGUUACGACAUUAUCGACCCCCGUCUCCAGGCCUGGCGAAAAGAGCGUGGUGAACAGCCGAUGGCUAUCCAAGGCCCAUUGCCCGAUGCCGUAGCUACUCCACUUCUAUUUGAGCCAGGAGAGGGGUGGGCGUAUGGUGGUGGUUUAGAUUGGGUUGCUUUGCUAAUCGAGCGCGUGGCUGGGAGGAAGUUUAGUGACGUGUUGAAAGAGGACGUGUUCGAGAUCGUGGGCUGUAAUGCUGGGAUUGGAUUCGGGCAAGCGCAUAUGGCCGAAGUUGGGACUGUUGUUGAAACCGCUACUCGAGGUAAAAACCGGCUUGAGGUGUUUAAUGUUGGCGAGAUAAAGAGUGAAAUGGGUGGCGGAAGUCUACUAGCCUCGCCGGCGAACUUCCUCCGCAUUGUGAAAGAUCUGGCGUCUGCCACGCCUAAACUACUCGAUAAUCCCGAACUCGACGUCCUAUUUGCGCCACAAUUCUCGCCAGGUUCUCAGUCGCUGGAGGCUUUUCAUGCAAGCGCCCCCGUCUUCACAUCCAUGAUUGGCGCACUCACAUCAACGCUCCCCGUCACUGCUCUCAAUCAUGGACUCGGUGGCCUCCUAGUAACAGAGAACAGCGAAAAUUUGGGUAAAACGAAAGGAACGAUGGCGUGGGGCGGAGCAUUCAAUUGCUUCUGGUUCGCAAACCGCGACACUGGGGUUGCGGCGCUGUAUUUCAGUUCAAUGUGGCCACCGGGGGAUGCGAAGAGCAGUGAGUUGAUGAGCGGGUUUGUGAAGGAAGUGUGGGAUAAGCUGUCUUGAUGGGCCGUAGUCUAGUUAGCG